CAGUUGUGACAAAGUUGCAGUGGCAACACCGCUCGAACUGUCACGCGUCGAAUUAGGUUAGUUCUUCCUGACAGUUUUAGGCUUGGCUUUAUUCAGUUUUGUGAUUCAAAUAAAAUUCGCGUCCUUUUCACCAUUGCUGAAUUAGUUGCGACAUCAUGUCGAGCACUUCGCAAAAACAUCGCAAUUUCGUAGUGGAGCCCAUGGGAGAGAAGCCGGUAACAGAUCUGGCUGGUAUAGGAGAAGUGCUUGGUGACCGGUUAUCUCACGCAGGAUUCGAUAAGGCCUACGUUGUACUUGGCCAGUUCUUAGUGCUGAAGAAAAACCAGGAACUGUUCAAGGAGUGGAUGAAGGACGUUUGCUCCGCAAACUCCAAACAAUCAACAGACUGCUGGCAAUGCCUGAGUGAUUGGUGUGAAGAGUUCUUGUAAAUGCUGAUCGUUUUUAAGUUGUCUGAGUGCAUUGCCAUCAGGCCCCUCUGUUUGCUAAGGGAUUUGUAGGGAUUUGCAUCUCAAGUCAACUCAACCCUUUCGAUUGCAAUUACAACAGAGUUUUAUUAAUUUUAUUGCAUCAAAUGUAAAAUAAUUUUGUAUUUCAAACGAGAAUGUAAAUAGGUAUUUUUAUAUCAAACAUUUAGUGUUUUAAUAGAAAAGCAGCUAACUGAA